AUGCUUACAUUGUUUUGUGGAGCAUUUGAGUUAGCCUUAAGGGGUCAUGAUGAAAAGGAAAAUUCGGAAAACAGAGGCAUAUUUAAGGAGCUGGUGAAUUUUAGCGCCGAAUUAGACAACGAAUUGAAAGUCCAUAUUCAAAGUGCCAAACUUUUUGAGGGAAUCAGUUCUGAUGAUAGUGAUUGCGAAUCUAGUGCAACUUUUGAACACAAUGGAUACGUUGAAUACGAUCCUUUGGAAAUUCACGAGAAAUAUACUGGCAACGAAGAAUUGGCUGAAAACGAAGAGAUGGCUGAAGAUACCUUGGCCGGACAAAACAACAACAGAAUAAACGCGCCUGAAGAAAAUACGAUACCUAGUAUAAAUGCUACGUCUACACAACAGACUGAGAAUCAUUAUAAUUUAGCACUAAACACACAAGAAAAAAGAUCAGAAGAAAAAAGUGAUCCUAAAGUUGCGAAUGCAUAUCAAUGA